AUGAAGGUUGUAGCUAUCGUCGCGAUGCACGUGUCUAAGAAUGAAGAAUACUGGCAUUAUGGAGGCCUCAUCAUUUGCAUAGAUUGCUUGGAGGUAAGCAAUACGUGCAGUGGCCUCAUCGCGUUGAACCUAGUCCACUUUCAGCCUCUUGCAAGAAUGUGUGUUUAUGGCAAAGAGAAGGACGAAAUUGUGUUGCGUCUCGUACAUCGAGAACACAAUAUGCUGGCUUACAAGGAUAAGGGUACCCCUCCCAUGUUCGGACGAGGAGCCGGAGGGGGACGAAAAUCGGGAGAAGGCCAAGGGGCUCAGUCCAGGGGUGGCCCAGUGGGGAGAGGCCAAGGAGAAAGUUUCCAGAGGGGUUCAGGUUCGGCGUCUCGUGGACCUUGUGGGUACUGCGGGAAGCCAAAUCAUUCUGAGGACAACUGCUGGAAGAAAGGGGGGAAAUGUCUGCAUUGUGGAAGUGCAGACCACCAACUUGCCACCUGCCCAAUUCUAAAACAAGAUGGAAAGGGGAGUCAGCAACCACCGAGGAUCAACGCUGGACCAGCUAAGGGAGAGGUAACGAAGCCUAAGGUCGCAGCUCGCGUAUACUCGUUAGAGCCACAGCAGGUCCCAGAUUCCUCUGAGGUCGUAGAAGGUACGAUUCCUGUAUUCCACCGCUUUGCAAAGGGGUAUGAUGUGAUUCUGGGCAUGGACUGGUUAGCUAGGUAUAAUGCCCAAUUAGAUUGUAAAAAGAAGGUGGUGGAGUUUCGCAUUCCUGGGAAGGCGACCCUAAGAUUAGAUAUAAGGGGAAGGUUAGCCUCAUCCGCUCUGAUCUCGGGCAUACGGGUUAGGAAACUGCUCAAUAGAGGGGCGCAGGGAUUUUUGGCCUUUCUAAUUAACACCCCGACGGAUAAAUUGAAGGUGGAGGAUGUGCCCAUAGUAAGGGAAUACCCAGAUGUGUUUCCUGACGAGUUAGUAUCCUUGCCUCCGAAGAGAGAGGUAGAAUUCAAGAUCGACCUACUAUCGGGAACCUCACUUAUCUCAAAAAUCCUGUAUCGGAUGGCCCCUACGGAGCUUAAGGAGCUAAAAUUGCAAUUAUAA